GCAAGCGGAGCAAGAGAGUGCUGCUGCGGAGGACAAGAAGAAAACCUGGGACGACAAAGACUGGUUUGCGGGUUGGGAGGACGACAAGGAGAAGAGUAAAGACACUGAUGAAAAUCACACGGAAGCUGGAGCUGCCAGUGCCAGCGCUUCGCCGUCCAGCACGACCGGGGCCUUCAGUAGUUCUUUGAAGCGCAAGAACGACUACGAUAACAGCAGCGGAGACUAUCACUACUACGGAAGAGAUGCGAAGAAGCAGAAGAGGAACCAAAAUGACUGGUCGUGGUCAGGUCACUCAUCAUGGGGCAAGAACAAAAACUGGAAUUGGAACCAGGGCGGCAAGCACGAUGAUAAGAAGUCGUGGUCGUGGGACGACAAGGCCAACAAGCACCAAGACAACAAGAAGUCGUGGUGGGAGCAGCAGAAGCAGAAAAGCAGAAAUGAUCAUGGAAACAACGAUUGGUGGAAAGAGCAAGACGACAAAUACACUGGCAACCGGAAUUGGUGGAAGGCAGCCACGAUGGAAAACGAAGCCGAUACGGAAAACGCAGACGCAAACAACCACGGUGAGGAUGCAAAUGUAGCAGCAGCGUCUUCAUCCUCCUCUUCCGUACAGCAAAAUGGCGAAAAAGCUCCGGUCGCGGGAGCCGCGGGCGGCGGCGGCGAGGAGUCAAAGCACGAUGACAACUGGAACUGGGACGAGCAACAGGGCGAAGAGGAAAAUCAGAAUUACCAAUACAACAACCACCAGGGAUCAUAUGACAACAGCUACGGCUCUAGCAAGAAAAACGAACAGUAUCAUGACGGCGGCGGUGGCAGCGUCAGCGAGUAUGGCAGCUACAAGAAAAACAACAAGUACAACCAGUCAAACCAGUACAAUCAGUACAAAAAUGACUACAACGCACAGAACAAUAAGAAUUGGAACGGUUGGUACAAGGACCAGGGCGAUCACAAUUACAACCACAAUCAAAACCAAAACUGGCAGGGGAGGGGAGCGGGCGGAAGCCACAACUACAACAAAAAGCAAGGCGAUAGCUGGAAGGAGUCGUCGUGGAAGGAGAAGGACUACAACAAGAAGCAAGGCAGUUAUUGGAGCUCCAACGACGAUAACUCUUGGCGGAAGAACCAGAAAAAGAACGACUACAGCAAGGAGCGGAAAUGGGACUAUGAAAACAAGUGCUGGAAAGAAGAAACUGACCAAACCCAAUGGGAGACACACGACCAGCAAAACCAAGAGGAUUCCUGGCAGCAGCAGCACCAGCAUGAUUCCUGGCGGAACCAGAAUCGCGACACCAACGAUGGCAAAGGACCUCCUGACGAUGGAAAGGGGAAGGGAAAAGGAAAGCGAAAUAAAGGCAACCAGCCUGAUGCGAAGGCUAAGGGAAAAGGAGAGCCCCAAGCCGAUCAGGAGAAGCGCAAGGGAGAAGGAAAGGGCAAGGGACGUUGCUCAGGUAAGGCUAAGGCACUGAGAUAUCGACUCUAGCCUCUUUUUCUUCAUGCGUGUGCGUUGUCACGAGAGAUGAAAUUUCGGUAAGUACUUUUUUUUUGUAAAUGAAGACUGUCACCUGGUGGACCAGCAGAAUGCACAUGCAGCAUUUGGCAGAACUACAGCUUCGUGCUCAUUCAUGAAAAUCAAAAUGCAUCAUACCAGGCUCCGCCGGAGCAGCAUCUACUUUGAAAGAGACGGACUCGCCGGAAGCCUCCGCGAGCAACGAUGCCGCGGAGUCGAGCGAUGCGCAAAAAGGCGGCGGCCGCACGUCGUCCGUUUGGGAAGAGAAGCCGGACGACGCUGAACACGAAUGGGAUGCAGGUACAGAGCCUCAUGAUCUAUGUUCACUGACCUAUUAUACGAAGUGAGCAUGCAACUUUUUCAUGAAAUUGGAAUCGGGGGAAAACAAGAUGCCGACGGCUACGGCACUACAGAUUCAUUGCUUUUGUAUUCGCGUACCUAAAGAUAGAACGUGCUUAUGAGAUGAAUGAAACUGAAAGACCUGUUUUUUUUUAUCAACAAAAAGGUGAAGCGGGUGGUGGUCAAGGUGGGUUCAGUUCGUCAACUUCCUCUUCCACGGGAAACAGCAAUCAAGACGUACGGGAAAAAUGGGACUACGAGAACCACUGCUGGAAGGUGAACGACAAGAAAAAUGAUGUUGAGAACGCGCCUGACAAAGGGAAAGGGAAGGGCAAGCGGAACAAAGGGAAAGCUGCAGCAGCUUCUGAUCGCAAAAAUGAGCAGGGAAAUACUAAAAAAGCAGCUUCUGCAUCUGCAUCUGCGAGAUCUUCCUCUGCCACCUCGUCUAAAAGCCGGAAAAAAGGCGAUGGCUCUGGCGAAGCAGAGCCCUCUGCUAGCGAUGGAAAAAAUUCGGGUACAUUUUUUUUUGAUACGCUGGUCCGCACGUCGAAGCCACAUUUUGCCCUUCCUCCUAUUCAUGCGGACAACUUUAAUUUUUUUGUUGUUGUGUUUGCAAGUACAAGUACUUCUAUUCGCAGAUGCAGAAGAAAAUGAGCCCCAGAUGCACCUUGUGCAACUUCUAGCCGCUCAAUUCUGCAUGAGGAUAGUAUGUAGUGAGGUCACCGAACGGUUCUAACCAGGGAGUUUUUUUGACAUAUACCCUCAAAAACGACCGGCAGUUUUCAAGCGGGCGAAAGUGUUUUUUGACGAAAAAGAUUUUCAAUUAUCAAGCGGCCGGGGCUUUGUUGUCAAACAAGCCCGGUCGAAAACUAUCGACUCGCACUGGAUAAAACGACGCAAAGGAGUCGCCAAAAUUAGCGCCCUUCUGAGGCGCCCACCGCCUUGGUUUCUGGCGGUUUGGGGCGCCCAAAAAGGGGCGCGCAAAAAACACGUCCAAAAUCAGAACAGCGAAACAGCAUGGCACGGCCGCGAUUUCGGAGCAUUUUGGGCGGCCGCGAAAGCGGUCGCCUUUUCGCCGGUUUCAGAGCCUGGGAAGCUUUGCAAAAAGCGCCGGCGUGAAAAAUAAAAACGCGAAAAAGAAAAAGCGCCCAAGACGCGCAAAGCCAAUCCGCAUGCUAUGGGCCCGAUUUUUCUUCGCUUUUUGGGCGCCCCCCGUGGCACCCGGAUCGGCCCCAUAGCAUGGGGGCUGGCCUUCGGAAAGGAAUUUCGGGAAUUUGCCAAAAUUUGCGAUGUUUACCAAGCGGCCGCCAUACCGUGCGGCCUAACGUUACUCAGGGCGGUAUGGCGAGCCCAGAAAAAGCAAAGCCGCGGCCAAGGCGAUGGCCGGCAAAAAAACGCCCACGACCUCACUACCUCCGCCCCGGCGGCUAUAUUUGGUAUUCUGAUAUGCAAAAAAUGCGAAAUCAAUACAGGCACAGGAGGAGUAGCUGCGACAGAUGCCGACGCGUCGAGUUCUGGUCCCCACCCUUCUUCAUCGAGACCGGAAACGAAGCAACAACAUACCGAAAAUCGGGAAAAUGAGGACGCAGGUACAACUACAAACAGUCACUGUCUUUUUUCAGACUGAUGUGAGCUAAUUUUCUGAAGCAGGCACAUUAGCAGGUGCGGAUUGUUGAUGCAAAACAUAUGGGAGUAAAGAAAUACACAAAUUAGAAAAUUCUACGACCUGCACGACGCCACCAGAUGACGGCGCCGCCGCGGGCAACGGUGGAUCCGGCUCAUCUUCGUGGCAAGGAGCAUCUUCGUACUACAACAAGAAAAAUGAGAACACAAGUGAGGAAAACGAGUGGAAGCGCGUUUGGGAUUACAAGAAAGGAAAGUACGUCUAUUACAAGCAUCCCUGGGAAACGGAUGGUAACGGAAAUUGGUGGAAAAACUAAAAGACAGAAUGAAGCCUCUGAGUCUCCGUUUUCGAUAACUGUGACGCGCGCUACCACGGACCGCAGGACGACUUUUUUUACCAGCAUCAACUUGCCACAACUAGAAAAUGAGCGAACUGCUGUUGAAAAGAAUUUGGCGUGAAGUCGAAUUCGUAAAAAUCAUCGAUGCACUGAAGAAACUGAAAAACUGUUUUUCUUUGGACAUCAUUUCCAGUCCUGGCGACAUUGUCAAUUCGCAACUGUCGUCCCAGGACAAACAUUCUUUUCAAGAAAACCAGGUAGCAGGCCAGAUCCAGAAAUGAAUCACAACUGUACUGCUACAGAUCUUCCCGCCGACGAGAGGGAAUCUCUACGCGGGCAAUUUUUAUUUUGGACUUCAACUUCGGUGAACUUCAAUUGCAAAUUGAUGCCAGAAGUUCUUUACGAGACUACUUUAGUUUUUCACUUCUGAAAAGCGAAGUUGAAGUCUUUUUAUAUCAAACCCAUUCAUCGCAAUCACGGAAUUCAAAAAUGAAAAGAUACCCAUUCUCACUUUUAUUUUUGAAAAACGCACUACGGCUUUAUUAGAAAAAUGAAUGUGUGCUGGGCACUCUUUGAACCGCC